AUGUCUUCUUUAUGCCAUGCCAAGACGUUUCGGGCCUCUGAUCUUACUAAGAAGUUGGUAUCCAACCCGCCGCCCAUGCCAGACUUGACAACGGUUCCCUUCGGUUCGUUCUUCUCACCUCACAUGUUGACGAUUGAGUUCCAAAAUAAUGUGUGGAGUUCCCCGCACAUCGGCCCACUCAAACCCCUGGAGUUACCUCCCCACGCGUCUUGUCUACACUAUGGCCUUGAGUGCUUUGAAGGGCUCAAGGCGUACGCCGAUAUUGAGGAUAUCAACAAAGUAAGCCGUGGCGAGAGCCUCGGCACGCACCGUCGGCUGCGCCUCUUCCGACCGGAGUGCAACGUGGCGAGGUUCCAGAGCAGCAUGGCCCGUCUCUGUUUCCCCUCCUUCGACGCCGCGGAGCUGCUGAAGCUGCUCGAGGAGUUCGUCAAGAUCGAAAAAGACUACGUCCCGACGACGUUGGGCUACUCCCUUUACCUUCGCCCGACGGCGAUUGGGAUCAGCCACAGCCUCGGCGCCGCCCCGGCGGAGAGCGGGAUGCUCUUCGUGAUUGCGUCCCCGGUGGGGUCGUACUUCUCGCGGCCCGUCGGGGCCUCCACGGGGGCGCCCCUCGGCGCCGUCCGGAUCCUCGUGGACGAGGUCAACCACCGCGCCUGGCCCGGAGGCAUCGGGGGGUUCAAACUCGGCGCGAACUACGCGGGGCCGAUGCUGAUGCAGCGGGAGGCCGCCAAGGCAGGGUUUAAGCAGGUGCUUUGGCUCGGCCCGAACCGCGAGGUCACGGAGAUCGGCGCGAUGAACUUCAUGGUCGUCUGGCGGACGCCGGAGGGGACGAAGGAGAUGGUGACCGCCCCGCUCGACGGGAUGAUCCUCCCGGGGGUCACGCGGGAUUCGAUCCUCAGCCUCGUGCGGGGGUGGGGUCUCAUGCGCGUCGUCGAGCGGAGUUUCACGAUCGACGAGAUGCUCAACGCCCUUAAGGAGGGGCGGGUGAUCGAGUGCUUCGGCUGCGGCACCGCGGCGGUGGUGACGCCGGUGAAUGGGCUGCGAUACCGCGGUGAGGACGUAGUCAUCCCUUCCCCGACCGGCGAAGAAAGCCUCUGCGAGCGUGUCUUCAAGGCAAUUAUGGAUAUCCAGUAUGGAAAGAUGCCGAACGAGUGGUCCCGCCUCCUCCAUGCGUAG